AUGAUCUCUUCCAAGGCCGCCUCCGCAGCGCGUGCAUGCUGUCGAAGCUCGCUCCUGGCCCGUGUGCCACAGCAGCAACCACGACGAACGCUCGCCACUGUCGUCUCUUCAUCCUCGCUCUUCCCAAAUGAGCCGUCGUCACCGCACGUAAUCACUCCGCAGAUCCCAGGUCCCAAGUCCAAGGAGCUCAGCGACCGCAUCGGCACGUUCCAAGAGAACCGCACGCACGGCUUCGUCGUCGACUAUGCCAAAUCGCAAGGCAACUGGAUCGCCGACGCCGACGGCAAUGUUCUGCUCGACAUGUUUGCCCAGAUCGCUUCCAUCGCCAUCGGCUACAACAACCCAGACCUCCUCGCGCUCGCCAAGACCGACGAAUUCAUCACUGCUACCAUGAACCGUGCCGCUCUCGGCUCUUUCCCGCCCACCAACUGGCAGGAGCUCGUCGAAACUAGCUUCGGUACAGUCAAACCCGCUGGACUAAACCACAUCUUCACGGCCAUGUGUGGCAGCUGCGCAAACGAGAAUGCCUUCAAAGCAUCGUUCAUGGCUUACCGAGCUCGCGAGAGGGGCGAGCAGGCCGAAUUCACUCCGGAGGAAAUGUCGAGCUGCAUGAAGAACCAGUCUCCUGGAUCGCCUGAUCUUUCGAUCCUCAGCUUCACGAGCGCCUUCCACGGUCGCCUCUUCGGUUCGUUGUCGGCGACACGAUCGAAGGCGAUUCACAAGCUAGACAUUCCUUCGUUCAAUUGGCCUGUGGUGGCGUGGCCGGACGUCAAGUAUCCUUUCUCUCAGAACGCCCACGAGAACGCCGAGGCUGAAAAGGUGGCGCUCGCAGCUGUGGAAGAAGCCAUCGUCAGCUCCAAGCAGGCUGGUUCGUCGUACGGACCUGUAGCAGCACUCAUUGUCGAGCCCAUCCAGUCGGAAGGCGGAGACAACCACGCUUCGCCUUCGUUCUUCCAAGGUCUUCGCGAUGUCACCAAGAAGCACGGCGUGUUCAUGAUCGUCGACGAGGUGCAAACAGGUGUCGGAGCCACGGGUGCUUUCUGGGCUCAUGAAAAGUGGAACCUCUCGAGCCCACCCGACUUUGUCACGUUCUCAAAAAAGAUGCAAGCCGCCGGUUUCUACCACAACCUUGAGACUCGUCCCUCGCUCCCUUACCGAAACUACAACACCUGGAUGGGAGACCCGGCACGCACCCUCCAAGCACGUCAGAUCAUCCGAACCAUUCAAGACCACAAUCUGAUCGAAAAGACCGACAAGGUGGGCAAGUACAUCUACGACAAGCUCUACGAUAUCAUCGAGAACGGCGCAGGUAGGGGAAAGAUCGAGACGCUCAGGGGCGAGAACGCCGGUACCUUCCUGGCGUUUGAUGGUACCACGCCGCAAGUGAGGGACAAGCUGAUCAUGGAGAUGAGGAAGCUAGGUGUGCACAUGGGUGGAUGUGGUGAUAAGGCGUUGAGGUUGAGACCGAUGUUGGUGUUUGAAGAGAAGCAUGCCGACGUGUUCUUGGACAAGUUGGAGACCGCGUUGGGCCAGUUGUAG